UGACACUUGAAUGCUAUGAAUUGCAUAUCACCAGAGCAGACUUCAGACGUAAGUUCCAUGAUACAAUCCUAUGGAUGCCCGGGAGUCAACAACUUAUUCACACACAAUGGAUAAAAAUAAGACCCAUAACAAUCCGUUGGAUAAUGCAACAAUAGCUAUGCUUGGGAAUCCAACCAUUAUGACCGUCUUGCCAAUUGUCUACUCCGUGGUAGUGGUCAUCAGCAUUCCUGGAAAUUUGUUCUCCUUUUGGGUUCUGGUCUUUCACACCAAGCCCAUAACAUCUUCAGUCAUCUUCAUGAUUAACCUUACUAUCACAGAUAUUGCACUGGCUUUGUGUUUGCCUUUCCAGAUUUCAUAUCACAACAGUGGGAAUAACUGGACUUUCGGCACAAAUCUGUGUAGCUUGGUCACAGUGAUGUUUUAUGCAAACAUGUAUUCCUCCAUCAUUACCAUGACCUGCAUUAGUUUGGAGCGCUACUUGGGAGUGGUGUACCCGCUGCAGUCAAAACCAUGGAGAAGAAAGAGGUAUGCCGUCGCAGGCUGCGUAGGGAUGUGGCUUCUUGUACUGUUAGCCUUGCAUCCACUAGCCAUGGCAGAUCUGACUUAUGAAGUGAAAGAAUUCAACAUUACAACAUGUUUUGAUGUGCUUAAAUGGUCAAUGCUUCCCAAUAUGGCAGCAUGGGCAGUUUUCCUCUUAGCACCGUUUAUUUGCUUUUUUCUAAUCCCUUUCAUAGUGACAGUCGCCUGCUACUUUGGAAUUAUUCGGAAGCUCAUCCAGACUUCUCACAAAUAUGGCAAUGGCCAGAAGACCAGAUCCAUCUACCUGGCUGCAAUUGUCGUCUUGGUUUUCAUCAUUUGUUUUGCCCCCAACAAUUUUAUCCUGCUGGUGCACAUGAUCUGCCGUCUCAAGAAAAAAAUGGGCUACUACUCCAUUUACAAGCUCACCUUGUGUCUCAGUUGCCUCAAUAACUGCAUAGAUCCAUUCAUUUAUUACUUUGCAUCCAAAGACUUUUAUCAGAAGUUCAAGCAGCUGAUAGGUCAGAAGGUUCUACUGAAUGACAGUUCGGAAUACAGAAGAGAAAGCGUGUUUUCUGGGAGGACAGUGUCAACAAGAACAAUGUCAAGUGGACACAUGGAAGGGAUCGUCACUUAUAAACCAUGUUUGCAAAGACAUGAAAGUGUUUUUUAACACCGGUGUUUAAGUGAGAAGAAGUUGCCUUCUUUGCUCCAUAGAAUGAAAUCAAUAGCAGGAGUCACAGGAGAAUAUAAAUAUCUUAAAUAUUCAAUUCUGCCCACUAAGAGCAAAAAUAUACAUUACUAGAGACAUGGUAUUGCUGCAAAAAAUAAAAAUUAAAAAAUGGGAUUACCAUCUUGCAUUCUAGCCCCUCUUAAAAAUUACCAUGUGAUGUAACCUCAUAAUUGUAUGCAUUUCUCUGCCCACACCAGCAGCAUCCAGUGAUGUGGCACUGCAGCAGAGAAAUGCAGGGGUGUAACUAUAAUAGGGCAAGGGGAGACAGUUGUCUGGGGGCCAACUGCCUUGGGGGUGCCCCCAGAGGCAAGUCACAUGACUGACUCCCCCAGCUGUGCACCCGCCCAGGCUUCCUUCAGUUGUAUUCAUCCUCUGAAAUUGAUGUGAGUGUUAAGACCUGGAGCUACCAGAACAGCAUGUCUUUCUCUAGUACCAUUAAAUGACUUGCAUCGUCCACAAUUUACAAAACCUUUUAAAAAAUGAUUUAGGAUGAUGUUCUGGGCCCACUCCAACUUUGCUACGCCCCUGGAGAAAUGCAUGACAUAAUGACAUUGUACCAAUUGUUAACCAACUUUAUAGAAGAUUGGGGGUUUGGUUUUGUCUCAUAGAUAGUUCUGUUCCACCCCAAGGAACUAUAUUUUAAAGAGUAUUAAUUGGUACACUUAUAAUGGAAAAUAGCCCUAACUAUUUUCCUAUUUUCCCACCUACAACAGUAAAUUCCAGCUGCAUUUCAAUUCUUUAUGUUUUAAAAUGUUACAGUUACAGCUCAUGGGAAAUAUAAUUCAUAAAUUUAUAACUAAUUGAGCACUUAUUCCAUUUGAUAUUAUUAGCAGACAUCCAGAUUAAUGCUGUGCUGGUGCUGCACGGGAGGGGCAAUUUUAACCAAUCUAUCCUUCCUUCUGAAGUCCAUUAUGCCUCCUAAAAAUAUGUCCCUGGGGGUCAUGUGACAUAUAUUUGAGUGGCAGAGAGGGUUUCAGAGGGAAGAGGAGCAAUCGGCCCAAAUGGCCUCUUCCCUGCAGCGCAGCAUUACUCUGGAUGUCAGCCACUGGCUUGAGCAAUAUUACGUUUGUAGAUCUGGUUAUUAUAUUUUGUAAAAAAAUUAAGUGAAAUUAGUAGUCACACGCAGUUCCAGAAUAGCAUGGUGCUUUGGUGAGAAAAUAUGUGCUUCUGAGCAGUUUGUGUUCCUAUGUAAUGUUGCAUAACUGCUAGAAGAAGAAUAACAACAAGAGCAACAUUCUCCAGGAUAUAUAUGGGAUAGAGAUAGGUUGCCACACUUGUCAGAGAAAGUCCUGGUCACAACCAUCAAAGGGAGGGGGGCAAAUUUUAAAACUUUGCUUUUUAAACCAGGAUUGGAAGGAGUCGAGUCAAUGGUGGAGUUUGGCAGCUGUUUCACACAUUUCCCCCUAAAGCAUUCUUUGCACAGGAAAGGGUUGGAAGUGUUUCACCUCAAUAAACACUCUUAAAUAUGCAAAACAAAUAUAACGGCAGUAAGAAAAAUGUGAAAAAUUAAAAAAACGGCAUUAAGUGUUUUCAUUUUUAAAAAUUGUUUAUUGAAUGACUUGUUUAAAUACAGCUGGAGAUGGAACGUCCCAUUUUUCUUCUUCUAUAUUUGGUGACUCUUAUUGCUGCCUUCAACUUAUAUUUUGAUCUAUGGCCACUUAGACAGGCAGCAAAUUCUCAACAAAUGUUGCUGAAAUCCAGGCUCAGCUGUAGAACUGUCUUCGCCAAAUCUACAGUCACACUGUUUCCUUCUUUUGAUCACAAGCUUGUCAUAUAGCUGAAAACCCAUAUGUAGAAAGCCACUCUUGCCAGUCAUCAGCAGUGUGUGUGUAUUCACUCACACUCUCACACACCCCUUAGGGGUAUCUAAGCUGAAGGUUUGUGACGGAGGGGGGACACUUGUUUUAAAAGGUUGGAACCCAUGGAUUACCCAAUGAAAAACAACUACUGAAGGGGCUAUUUUAGAUCUACAGGGGAAUGUUGACAGUUAAUUAAGAUCACUAUAUAUUCUCCCAAACAGAAAGGUAUUUUCACUGCUUCAUCAUUAUUACAUGCUUCCCUUGGCCCUAAUGCAUGGAAGAUUUUAAUGGUACAUAUUAUGAAGAGUGCUUGUGUCCUUGUGGAAGUGGGGAAAUUGAAAGUUACCCCUGUGUUACUGCUGCUCAGUUUUUAUAGUUGGAAGAGCUAGGCUUGCAAGUCCUUUAAUUAUUCCCUUUUAUGGAAGAACUAGGAAUGGUAUACUGCUUCUUUAAUCAUGAAUUCUAGCCCAUAUGUAACUGAGUCGAUGUGACUAUUUAUUGUGUUGUAAUUCUGAAGGUCUGUCAAUUGUAAAUAAAGAAUUGUGAUGA